GCGUGACGGUUGCACAUUUUGCAAUAGAAAAAUUCAGUAAAAGAAUGACGCUGCUGCAGAAUAAAGGAGGGAUAAAGCACGAAGACGAAGAGGGAAAGCGACAACGAAGGCCAGGCUACUAUAUCUGCUUGCGAUUGGCGAAGGAAUGAUCGAUCGAUGAUACCUUGACGAGUGGGGUCGUCGAUCUGUUGUCAUCCAGGGUUUAUGUGAUCCCGCUCUGUCGAUCGAUUUCGCCUCCUUUUAGGGAUUUACUGCGUUUCUAGUGUCGGCGGGGAAAGCAUCUGAGAUCACAAGGCAGAGAAGAAGAAGAAGAAGAAGAAGAAGAAGAAGAAGAAGAAGAAGGAAAAUGGGUUCAUUCUUGAGCUUCAAUCGCAGUAAAGAUCAGCCGAUAGAGGAUUAUAGCUGUUCUGGAAUGGACUGGUGCAAGAAGGCAAAGGCAUCUGCCAACUGCGAUGGUGAAAACAACGGGUUGAUCCCUGGUCUGCCAGACGAGAUCUCACUGGAGAUCAUCGCUAGGGUUCCUAGAAUUUGCUACCUGAAGAUGAAGAUGGUGUCUCGGAGUUGGAAAGUCGCUAUCGCCGGCCCGGAGGUUUACCGAUUGAGGAAACAAAUUGGAAGAACUGAAGAAUGGCUUUACAUUUUGACAAAGCUAGACGAUCAGCUUGCUUGGCAUGGCUUGGAUCCUUCAUCGGGCCGGUGGCAGAGGGUGCCGCAAAUGCCCGCGAUAGCCUUCGAAGACGAAUCUCCACGAGGCUUCUCGGGGUUGUGCGCGCGUAACCUGAUAGAUUCAAGCAUCAAGAUCACUGAAACCAUUAGAGGUUGGGUGGUUGGGAGUGAUGCUUCAACAAAAAUGCCAUUCUGUGGUUGCUCGGUCGGCGCGGUUGGUGGAUGUCUUUAUGUUCUAGGGGGAUUCUCCAGAUUUUCGGCGAUUAAAUGUGUUUGGAGGUAUGAUCCUCGCACGAAUUCAUGGCAAGAAUCAAGUCCAAUGACGGAAGGAAGGGCUUUCUGUAAGAUCAGUAUGUUAGACGACAAGCUUUAUGCUGUUGGCGGGAUUAGGAGAGUCAAUGGAGGUUUGUCUCCGCUUCAAUCUGCUGAAGUCUACGAUCCUCUAACCAACACAUGGACGGAGAUGCCAAGCGUGCCGUUCUCGAAAGCGCAGAUAUUACCUACAGCUUUCUUAGCCGAGCUGCUGAAGCCUGUUGCAACCGGUGUGACUUCUUACAGGGGCAGGCUGUGUGUCCCUCAGAGUUUGUAUUCUUGGCCAUUGUACGGUGACAUUAGCGGUGAGAUAUACGAUCCCAGAACUAACACAUGGUCUGAGAUGCUGGCCGGCAUGGGUGAGGGCUGGCCAGGUAAGCAGGCCGAGACCAAGUUGAGCGCGGUGGUGAACGGCAAAUUAUAUGCCUUGGACCCCGCUGGUUCUUCAGAGGGUGCCCGAAUAAAGGUGUACGAUGAUAAGGACGAUGUUUGGAAAGUGGUUAUAGGAAAAGUGCCAUUCCAUGACUUGAGCAGUUGUGAAACCCCAUAUUUGCUUGCUACUUUCCAGGGGAAGCUCCAUCUGAUCAUGAAAGGCAUUAGCAAUGAUACGUCUGUCUUGACAGUAGGCAUUUCGUCUUCUUCCGCAAGUGUCUUACCGAGUCUAAACCCUGAGAAGUUUCAAAAGGCAGAAGACCCUGACUUUUGGGAGGUCAUUGGCACGAAGAAUUUUGGUGCGGCAGAAUUCAUCAGCUGUGAGGUACUUUCUGUUUAAGAUGUUAUAGUUCCCAGUUGUAUACCGCAGUUCAAUCUUCACAGAUCGUGUAGUUACUAGCACUUUGUAUUCUGGGGUCUCGAACGUGGCAAAUCUUCUGGCUUAUCGAUUCAUAGCAAGCGCAAUGCAAUUCUUGGUUUAUUUUCAUCGUUAUCAUCGUCGGUGACAACACUGUGGUAUGAAAUGUAAUCCUUUAUGCAUGGAACAUGAGAUUGUCUAUAUAUGGUGAGAUGAUGUCGGAUUUGAAUUGUA